ACUCUUUAGAUCUCUCUUGAAGAGGGCUGGUAUAUUUGUGCCUGCUGGAGGUGGAAUUAACAGUAAGAGGGAGAAAGGGAUUGAAUGGACUUACAGGAAGGAUUUCAAGUAAAUUCAGGGAAACACAUUUACUUGAAUAGUACAACCUAGAGUAUUAUUUUACACUAAGACGACACAAAAGAUGUUAAAGUUAUCACCAAGCUGCCGGACAGAUAUAUAUUCCAACACCAAGGUGCAGAUCAGCAUAGAUCUGUGAUUCAGAAAUCAGGAUUUGUUUUGGAAAGAGCUCAAGGGUUGAGAAGAACUCAAGAGCAAGUGAAGAUUACUUUGGGAACUACAGUUUAUCAGAAGAUCAACUUUUGCUAAUUCAAAUACCAAAGGCCUGAUUAUCAUAAAUUCAUAUAGGAAUGCAUAGGUCAUCUGAUCAAAUAAUAUUAGCCGUCUUCUGCUACAUCAAUGCAGCAAAAACUCUUAACAACUGUGGAUAAUUGGAAAUCUGAGUUUCAGCUUUCUUAGAAAUAACUACUCUUGACACAUUCCAAAAUAUUUAAAAUAGGACAGGAAAAUCGGUGAGGAUGUUGUGCUCAGAAAUGUCACUGUCAUGAAAAAUAGGUAAAUUUGUUUUUUCAGCUACUGGGAAACUGUACCUCCUAGAAUCUUAGGUUUUUUUUUUUUUUUUUUUUUUUUUUUUUUUAAAGAGGACAAGAAGGACUAAAAAUAUCAACUUUUGCUUUUUGGACAAAAAUGCAUCUGACUGUAUUUUUACUUAAGGGUAUUGUGGGUUUCCUCUGGAGCUGCUGGGUUCUAGUGGGUUAUGCAAAAGGAGGUUUGGGAGACAAUCAUGUUCACUCCAGUUUUAUUUAUAGAAGACUACGGAACCACGAAAGACGGGAAAUACAAAGGGAAAUUCUCUCUAUCUUGGGUUUGCCUCACAGACCCAGACCAUUUUCACCUGGAAAACAAGCGUCCUCUGCACCUCUCUUUAUGCUGGAUCUCUACAAUGCCAUGACCAAUGAAGAAAAUCCUGAAGAGUCGGAGUACUCCGUAAGGGCAUCCUUGGCAGAAGAGACCAGGGGGGCAAGAAAGGGAUACCCAGCCUCUCCCAAUGGGUAUCCUCGUCGCAUACAGUUAUCUCGGACGACUCCUCUGACCACCCAGAGUCCUCCUCUAGCCAGCCUCCAUGAUACCAACUUUCUGAAUGAUGCUGACAUGGUCAUGAGCUUUGUCAACUUAGUUGAAAGAGACAAGGAUUUUUCUCACCAGCGAAGGCAUUACAAAGAAUUUCGAUUUGAUCUUACCCAAAUUCCUCAUGGAGAGGCAGUGACAGCGGCUGAAUUCCGGAUAUACAAGGACCGGAGCAACAACCGAUUUGAAAAUGAAACAAUUAAGAUUAGCAUAUAUCAAAUCAUCAAGGAAUACACAAAUAGGGAUGCAGAUCUGUUCUUGUUAGACACAAGAAAGGCCCAAGCAUUAGAUGUGGGUUGGCUUGUCUUUGAUAUCACUGUGACCAGCAAUCAUUGGGUGAUUAAUCCCCAGAAUAAUUUGGGCUUACAGCUCUGUGCAGAAACAGGGGAUGGACGCAGUAUCAACGUAAAAUCUGCUGGUCUUGUGGGAAGACAGGGACCUCAGUCAAAACAACCUUUCAUGGUGGCCUUCUUCAAGGCGAGUGAGGUACUUCUUCGAUCCGUGAGAGCAGCCAACAAACGAAAAAAUCAAAACCGCAAUAAAUCCAGCUCUCAUCAGGACUCCUCCAGAAUGUCCAAUGUUGGAGAUUAUAACACAAGUGAGCAAAAACAAGCCUGUAAGAAGCACGAACUCUAUGUGAGCUUCCGGGAUCUGGGAUGGCAGGACUGGAUUAUAGCACCAGAAGGAUACGCUGCAUUUUAUUGUGAUGGAGAAUGUUCUUUUCCACUUAACGCCCAUAUGAAUGCCACCAACCACGCUAUAGUUCAGACUCUGGUUCAUCUGAUGUUUCCUGACCACGUACCAAAGCCUUGUUGUGCUCCAACCAAAUUAAAUGCCAUCUCUGUUCUGUACUUUGAUGACAGCUCCAAUGUCAUUUUGAAAAAAUAUAGAAAUAUGGUAGUACGCUCAUGUGGCUGCCACUAAUAUUAAAUAAUAUUGAUAAUAACAAAAAGAUCUGUAUUAAGGUUUAUGGCUGCAAUAAAAAGCAUACUUUCAGACAAACGGGGAAAUUCCUAAAAUUAGUCUGGCUCAUUUUGACUCUUUUCCUAUGUACAAUAUCAUGUAUAUAGUCAUUUUUAUUUAUUUAAAGGUAUAUAUUCUCUUUUGUGGAGGCUUCAAUAAAAUCAUUUCAUAGGCCACUACAUUAUACAAUAGAUCAUCUAGUCUAAUUUUCAGUGGGUUAUGCUGAGUCCAUUCAAUUCCAUUUCAACAUUUUUUUCUAAUACAAUUUUAUAUAAUUUUCUGAGAUUAGACAGAACUCCUUUGACUGUUUAAUAUUGUGGAAGGAAAUUGAAUAAUUUAGUUAUAUUGUGCCAAUGAAAACCAUGAUAGAAUAUUUAUUUAGAAAUAAGACUUAAAAAAAAUAACAACCCAAACAAAAAUUCUUGGAUAAACACAAUUUCUCUUUUAGAGUUCCUGCUUCAUUAGAUAAAGUGAAAUGUUGAACUGGAUUUGAAUAAAUAAACUGUAGGCAGAACAUAGAAGCUGAAAGAUUGCACAGAAUUGUUUUAACUGUUUGCUUUAACAGAAGUGGUGUAACUGUAGGAGCAUGUUCCUUUUUGGCUUGUGGAUUGUAGAUUUUGCAAAGAGCUCAAAGCUUCAGGAGACAGGCUUGAGCCUGUGUCCAUAGCUUUCCAAGUUAACACUAACUGUAGUACAACCUUCUUACCUCAAAUAAAUCAUGUCUGCCUAUUAUCUAGAACACUACUGCUGCAGAAUUUUUUUUUUCAGAUUUAAAAACCUAGUCCAAAAUAAAGAAACAUUUACAUGUGCUCCACUUUCCUCCCCACAGGCAAGAGUCACUGCAUGCAUAAAAUGUACAAGAGCAGAAGAUGCCGAAAGAACCAUUUUCUUUAGCUCUCCUUUAUAACUGAGUUUGCUGAUUGAUGUGAUGCAAGGGAUUUUAUUUAGAAGUAAAAGCACUGAAACUAAACUGGAGGAAAUUACCAAAAGUCCCAGAAUGGCUUUGACAGAAUUGCCAUUUCUAAAGAACAGCUGAAAUUCAUUUUUCAUAUCUUUGAGAGUGAGCUCAAUGAAAACCUUAUUUUGUAAAGGGAUUUUGAAAACCUUCUUCCAAGCACAAAUAAUUCCAAACAGGAAGGUUCUGUUGUGUAUGUGUGUGUGUGUGUCUGUGUGUGCAUGUGUGUUCUUCCCUCUAAAAUUAAUUUAUUUUCUCUAUUAGAAUGCCCUCUAAGGCCUUUCUUUAACACACACUGACUUUUUGAAGAAUGAUCUUUAGAUUGAUAACUUGCUAUUUAUGGUGACUCUGUGGUUAGGCUUAUCUACAGUUAAUCUAAAGUAUUCAUAAAGCACCAUUUAUUAAUCAUCCUUUUGGAUCUUUCAAACCAAACGUAUAUCAAAAAUGUCUUCAAAAAUGUUAUGGCUUUGUUUGUAAUUCGGGUAUAUUAAAAUGUUGUUUUGAAAUACAGUUUAUCUUAAAGAAAAUUUGACAGUAACUAUAUUAAGGGGUACAUUAAGUAAUAUAUUUUUAAUUAAUGGUGUACCAUUGAGAGAAUAAGAAAUGGAAGUCUAUUGUUUUAUUCUUUAAAUGUGCUGUUUAAAUGUAUUUCCAUAUUUUAAAAUAUAUUAAACGGAUGCUAAUUUCUGCUGUUCUUGAUUUGGUUCUUUAUUUAAAAGGAAUAAAAAUGUAAGUAUAUCAUAAAUUGAGACAAUAAGAAUAUCAAAUGUAAACUGUUUGUGGAUCACAUGAUUCUUUAUGUUGCUCUUAAUUGCCAAAAUUGUUUUUUGUGUUGUUAAUAAUUAUCUCACUAUUAAAUGUGCAAAGCAACAA